UCAGUCGUAUUUUCAAACGCCAAACAUACGCAACGUAGCGCGGUUGAUUCGGUGCCGUUAAAACGAUUCACUUUGUUACAUUUUGCAGCGAGCAAGCAAAGGACAUAAGGACAGUUCAUUUUAUGAAGUGAGAUAACAGUGUUUGUGUGUAGGUGUGUGUGCGCAUGCUGCGGCCAAUAAUGGAGGCAUAAGCAAAAGUGUUAUUAAAAUUUCCUGCAGCUGCGCCUGAUUUCUUCUGGCAGCCCAAAACUUUUGCGCUUUGUUUAAAAUAGAAAAAAAAGCAACAAAAAUAUAAAAGUAAAAACCAAAUAAUAAACAAGGAAAGAAAAACGCAUAAUCCGCUUUCAUGCAAAUCGAAUAAAAGUUACCAGCUUAAAGGCUUAUGAGCCGCCUGUGACAAAAUCAGUGAAAAACAAAUUGUUGUUAUUAUUGUUGUCACCAUUUUGUGGAUUUUGGUACAAAAUAAAUUUCAUAGAAAAAGUGCACAAAUAACGCCGUAAACUGUACGUGGAAUUAAAUUGAACAACAUGUCGACAUGAUCUUCAGUAAACGCAGCAGUUAAAAUGUCAAAACAAUUAUGACAAACGCUACUUAAAAACUAUACAACCUACAACUUCCCCUAGUCUGUAUACUCCCUAAUUGAAUAUUUCACAACAAAAUACUCGAUCCCAAGAAAUAUCGAAAAUUUAUAAAACAAAGUAUAACACCAAAUAGUGUAAAAAUACAAAACAAAUUGAGGUUAGAGAAAGAAAGUUAUUUGAAGAUUAUAAUAAUUUUUGAAAAAGUAAAAAAUAUAUAUAGCCGUUAUCUACACAUACUAGUUUAUAAAAAUUCUAGUUUAAGUUAAAACUAAACCCUCACACUUCAAGAAGUAGGGAAAUUUGUGUUGUGAAUUCAAAGCGUUAACUGCAGCGUCGCCGCCAUGGGUAAGAAGAGUUCCAAAUUGAAGCAAGACACCAUCGAUCGUCUGACGACUGACACAUAUUUUACAGAAAAAGAAAUUCGACAAUGGCACAAAGGAUUCCUGAAAGACUGUCCCAAUGGUUUACUUACAGAGCAAGGUUUUAUAAAAAUCUACAAACAAUUCUUUCCGCAAGGCGAUCCCAGUAAAUUUGCCUCCCUGGUGUUUCGAGUGUUCGACGAGAAUAAUGAUGGCUCAAUAGAAUUUGAGGAGUUCAUACGCGCCCUCUCCGUGACAUCGAAGGGAAACUUGGAUGAAAAAUUACAAUGGGCUUUCCGGUUGUAUGAUGUUGACAAUGACGGUUACAUAACGCGCGAGGAAAUGUACAAUAUUGUGGAUGCCAUAUAUCAGAUGGUGGGUCAACAGCCGCAAUCGGAGGAUGAGAAUACGCCGCAGAAACGUGUGGAUAAAAUAUUUGAUCAAAUGGAUAAGAAUCAUGAUGGUAAAUUAACAUUAGAAGAAUUUCGUGAGGGUAGUAAAGCUGAUCCACGUAUAGUUCAGGCGUUAAGUUUAGGUGGUGGUUAAGACACGAAUGCCAACGAACGACGACACUACGUAAACAAACGAACAGUAAAUUUAACAGAUAAUAUUUAUGAGAAAUGAUAAAAGGGGAGUGUGGGCCAGCGAGAGCGCUGAAGAAAAUUUGUAUAAUUAAUGACAAAAAAUAAAAAAAAAUAAAUAAAAAUUAUAAAUGGCACGCUGCAAUAGUUUGCGCUGAACUUUAAGCAAUCAGUUUUUUUACAAGAAACUAUUAAAUUUUGGAAAACGAACUUUCAGUGUUAGAUUACCUACUUUUCGCGUAAAUAAAGAUGCAUUUCUUUCCAAUAAAAAAUACUUAAAAAUUAUUUUCAUGCAACUUUUGCUAUAAAAAACUUGCAAAAAGAAAAAAG